AUGUCCGUCCAGGGGAGGCGCGCCUCCUGCUACGACUGGUGCAGCGACUUCACGUGCGCGCAUGCCAUCUUCGCCAGCGGGUUCGUCACCGCGCCGGUCGCCGUCGUGCACUUCGUCAAGCGGCCCUACUCCGGCGCCACCAUCUUGUUCGCAGGGUUCGCCGCGUUCUGCACUACCGUCAGCCUCAUCCUCUGCUGCAAGUUCUACGCCGAGCUCAGCCGGCCGCCCUGGCCCCGGUGGCUGUCGUCGGCGUCCGCCGAAGCGCGCCCUCUUGAACAGCAGGACGGCCGAGAGACGGAGGUGUCGUCGAACGAGCAGCUUCGCCACCCUGAGCAGGCCGUGAUGUGGCGCGAGCGCGACCACCUGCGAGCCGCUCUCGUCCCGAGCUACGAGCACCCGGGGGGCGACGCCGAGUGCGCGGUGUGCCUCGGCGAGGUGGAGAAGGGGGAGGCGGUGCGGCGGAUGCCGGUGUGCCUGCACGUGUUCCACACCGAGUGCAUCGACCGGUGGCUGCGCUCGCACGCGACGUGCCCGAUUUGCCGGUCCAGCGUCUUCACUCCGCCGGAACGGCCACCGGAAGUAGUGUUGAACGUCGAGUUGGCGCUCGUCUAG